CGCAGCACAACGAGCAAACGGAAACCGGAAACGGAAGUGGAAGUGGAAAAGGCAGUGGCACAAAGCACAGUUAAUCGGGCUGAGAACCGAAAACAGACAACCGACAACAGACAACUGAGAACUGAGCGCAGUGAAGUGUUUGUUUUCGGCGUUAUCAGUGGAUGCACGCGUUUCCAGCUCUGAUUGCGAAUAGGGAUUGGGAUUGGGAUUCAUAUUCAAAUUCGCAUCCAGACUCGGGACCCCGGACGGACGGAGGAGGCGGCGAGCCGGAGAGGCGUGUCACUAGCAGGUGGCUGAUCCGGUUAACCACAGUCCGACGGCAAAAACCUCCUCGCAGCCAAAAACACUGGGCGAUAAUUAACCGCAUACCACAAGCCGCACCGAGGAAAAGCAAAUACCGAAAUCAAAACAAAACAAAUCGGUAACUGAAGGAGAACAAUAAAGGGGCGAAAAAGCAAAGGUGGCGUACAAUGCGGCCUAAAUACUUUGGCAAUUAUGCCAAAAUUGUUAACAAAAUACGAAAUGUAUCAAACUAACUAAAAGCGACAGCAGGAAACCGCAGAAAUUACAAAGGACCAAGGCACAAGGGAUAGGCGACGACAGGUGGCAGUUGGUCGCUUGGGUCCUUAAUUCGGAAUUCAUUUCGUGGAGGACCGAAAACGUCCCCUUCGAUUGCCGAAAAGAAAGCAACAGAGCUCAGGCCCGAAACACAACCCAGACCCCAGUCCAAUUGAAACCUCAAUAGAAAUACAAACGGAAGCCGAAACAAAAACUCACUUAAGUUGCCAUCCAAAUCAACGGCUGUCAGACAAAAAGUCGCUUUUUAUUGAUUUUUAUAAAGCCAAGCAGCAACACCAAAAAGCAAUGAACAGCAAAGAAUAAUAACACAAGCCGCAGAAGCAGAAACAAAAUAAAAAUAAAAAUAAAAACAAAAAGCGAACGCAAUGUGAAUAAUUCCCCAGUUGAACAGAAGUGAGCACGAAACAGAAAAACUGUUGGAAUAUUCCCUGCUCCCGCCCCCUCGUAUCCUAUUUCCCCCUCCCCGUUGGGGGGAUCCCCCACUAUACAAUAAAUACAAUACUAUCGCAACGUUCAUCAAAUGCGAUUCGAUUCGAUGACGAUUCAAACAGGAGACACCGGAGAGACGGACGCACACGGAGCCCCAUAAAAAUGUGUUAUAAAAAUAUACACGCAUAAAUUUCCCCCCCAACAAGGACAUAAAUAUAUCAAAGCCCGGCCGGGGAAAAUUUAAUGCAAAUGUCAUUGACAAAGUCAAUUAGCAGGAAAGCCAACGAAACGAGCGAAAAUGCUGCAGCUGCACAAUUGAAAAAUUGAAAAUUGAUUACGGGAGACACACUCAAACUAAACGGAAAAGCGGGGCAAAAGCAAGACUGAUUUUAUGUUUAGUUAGAUUAUUUUUAAAGCAACUAUUUUGUGAGGAAAAACCAGAAACUGCAACAACGAAUUAGCCAAGCGGAAACCCUAGCAAAGAGGAGAACCAACCGACCACAGAGAAAGCAGGAACAGGGAAAGCAGCUAAACCAGCUAAAGCAACAAAGGCAUCGACAUCCCCAACGAAAAGCAACCGGAUUCAUACGAAAGCAUGUUUGUGUUCAUAGCUGUGCUGUUUGUUAACGCUUGCCUAGCGGGCACCAUUCCGGCUACGCCGGAGAACAUAACCGUCACAUUUCUGACGCCUACGGCGGUCCGAGUGUCGUGGCAGACGCAAAUCGAUCUGAAGGCACAUCCCAUCGAGAAGUACAUCGUGACGUACAAGCCGACAGAUGACAGUUACAGGGUUGUACAGGACGUCGCCGGCAGCAGCGAGGCCAUUGUCCUGGAUCGCCUGCUGCCCAGCACACAGUACUCCCUCGUUGUGACGGCCAUUUGGCAGGGCAAGAAGUACCGCAGCCGUGGCCAGAUCAAGUUCAAGACGCUGGAUCUGCCCAAGAACACCUCUCAGCAGGACUUUCCGCCGGGUAUCUAUGGUAAUGGCAGCAAUGGCGGUCGCAAUGGAAGCGCAAAUGCCAGCAUCUUCGGCGACGAUGUGACCUCCACGGCUACGAACACUCUGACUCAUGGAACAACCAGGGAAUUGCCCACUAUACGCGGCGUGGAGAUCGGCAUCGUCCUGAUCGUGCUGAUGGUGUGGGCCGGAGCCAUCGCCCUGUUUUUCAACCGGUGGGGCAAGAUCCGGAUGCUGCUGCCCUACCAGCCGGACUACAAGCACGAGCAGCUGAAGGUGCCGGGCACGGGAGUCUGCAGUGCCAGCGGAUGCAAUGGCCAGCACUCGCACCAGUUCGACAGCAGUGAAUGUGCCCACCCACCGUUGCACUGCAAUAGCCGCCACAUCCACAUGCUGGCCGAGGAGCAUUCCACCUCCCUCUCGGAGCGCUGCACCCGCAGCCGGAUCAACUCGGCCAUCUUCGUGUCCUCGGAGGGACGGGGCUUCGACUCCAUCGAGUUCCUGCGCCGCCACGGAUCCCAGAGCGUGCUCUGCCGGAAGGCCAAGAGUGCCGAGAACAUUACGGAAAACGGCCGAAGGAAGAGUCUUCGCCCUUGGCGCACCGACGAUGAAUCCUGUAAGCAGCAGCACCUCUCCCAGGACAGCAACGACAUCGAGCUGAAGGAGUGCGGCGGCGCUGGAGGAGAACUGCUCCGCCUGCCGGUCAUCCACGAUGGCAAGCAAUCGCCGACGGCCGUUACAAGUCUCCUGGCUCGAUCGGCGGCCAUAACCACGGCCAACAUGAUUGUGGGCAGCAUUUCGCUGGAGGCACCGCCACCCUACAUGCAGGACGACGAAGGCGACACAAUGUCCACGGCGGCACUUAUCCACAGCGAUGCGGCUGCCGUGGUCCACGAAUCCCAGGACUCGGCGGAGACGGUGGAGGAACUGGUGCAUGUGCCCCUUCUGGCCAGUGCCACGGCCACGGCCAGUGUUUCGGCCUCAUCCUCGCCCAGCAUUGCCAUCGAGGCCAAGCCGCGCGUCCUGGUGCACCAGCGAUCCUCGACCUGCUCCUCGUCGCCGCACAGCAGCCCCAAGAACCUGGGCAACCUGGGACUCAAGAUCGUCAAGCCCAAGAUCAGUGCCGUGCCAAUGGUUUCCGUGUCGGGUCCCUCGCCGCCCAUUGAGAAGCCACCGCUGGCCGAGUGCUUGUAACAAAUGGCAGCCGAAACAUUUAUCUAAGCUCGCGCUUAGGGCAACUGGACCUGGACCCCGCAUCCUGGACAGCCCUUAAAAACCAAAAGUCCCAAACAAAAAAAUAACCAAGUCCAAAUCCUACUUAAAUAAUCUAAGACGAGAUAGUUGAGAUGGAGAAAGUAUGCCAGCUGCUCAAAUAAGUGUUUCGGUAAGGGGCUUUAAAAAGGAGAAUGCGAAGAAGAAAGUUGAAGGUUGAGAUGUAGUAAUAGUAUAGAAACAAAAAGAAUAUUGUACCAGUGGUCAUCACCAGGCAAAGAAAGCUUUGUAUAUUCAACAACGACUGAAGUAUACACAUAUGUACAUUAUAAACGAAAACAAUGGUAAUCUUUAGAACUUAAGGACUUAAGUCGAUUGUGUAUGUGUGUAUACAUACCUAUUAACUGAUAAAUCAGCUUUAACAACAAACAAGUAAACUAUCAGGCUUUAAUUAUACGACGAUGAUGAAUUUCUGGUUUAACCUAGUCUGUAGACUCACCCUAGCUGUUGAAACGAAUAAUUCAUUUCUGUUUAAAUGUUCUCCUAUACAUAUAGCCAAAAAAACAAAACCACUUGGGCACCACAACUGUUAUACACGCGAUCUAUAUAGAUUUACUGAAUAUAUUUAUAUUUAUACACCCACUAAAAUUACGUGCAUGCGUUGAAGAGCCCUGCAUCAAUCAAAAGGGCUAAAAUCCUUUAUCCUCAACAUGUUCUAUAAUUUCUAUACAAAAACUAUUUAUUUGAUACAUUUGAACUAUGGAAUUCGGGUUGAUUAUCAAAAUUGAGAAACAUGCAGAUCUAUGCAGGGCUCUACUUCGUACUUCAGAGGUAUUCGGACACCCGCUAUACACUUAGCUCUUAAUGUUAAGAUGAUGAAAUCACAUAGUCCAAAUGUUACUUGCUAACAUAUCAGAUACUCUACUGUACCCACGACCAAAGCGAAACGUUUGAAACUGUAAACUAGUCCAUAAUUAGACGUAAGGAUUAUAUUUCAAAACUUAUAAUUAGAUGUAGAGUUUUCGUCAAGUAAGUGCCCUGGAUGACUUCUGAGUGUGUUUUUAAAACCAGAUUCGUACAUGUAUUUCGUGUAGAUGUUUCUGUAGCUCGAACUUUACCCUAUUCAAAGGAGUAUAGCUGACGUUAAGCGAACACAUUGAUGGAUUUAUAGAAGUUUAUAUAGGAAAGUUAUUAUAGGGAUCUCCAGCUAGCACCAAACCCCAUUUGCUCCCGCUCACUGAUUUAGGUAGUCUCUAUACAUAUUAGUUAUGAUACUCCAAAUUUUAUCUAUCCACCUACGCGUUAGACACUUGAAAUCUAUCCUAUCCAGUUCGUUUGAAUAAUAAAAUACAAAAAGUGUAAAUACACACCGCACUUGUACCUACAUCAACUGAAAUACUCUUCAGUGGAACACAAACGUUGUUAUUAAGGAAUUGUCAAUUUAUGGUCCAAAGCUACAAUAAUUAGAACAUCAUUUGGAUGGUUCAGCAGUAAGCUUAACUAAGUUCUAGUUUACGUUCGAUUCGCUAACACAAAACAAAAGUAAAACUGUGUGAAUGUGUAUUUUUGAAAUCAAAUAAACGAAUUACAUAAUUGUAAACUUUU